AUGAAAGCUUUUGAUGAUCAAAUAAAAUCAAAUUCUUGUGCAUUGGAAACUGGUAGGAGACCUCUGAAUUGCAGGAAAUAUUUUGGAUCUGAUCAUUUGAAGUACAAAAGACAGAAACGAUUUAGAUGUAAAAACAAGAGAAUUGCAGCAUUAGCACAGCCAAGAUAUUACACACCGAAAUAUGUUCCAAAUGAAGACUGGACUUGGAAUCAAAAUAUCGAGAUUCAAAGAGAUUUUAAUCUUUCAACUAGAAUCAAAAUGCUUUCAGUUCCAAAAGUCAGGAAGCUUACUGCAUCAUAUGAAGACUAUAAGAACACAAUGAAUUAUGAAAAAUUAAGCAAUAUCAGCAAUCUCAUGAACUAUUCAAUGAUGACAAUGUACAGCAGACUUGCAAAUGUGCAAUUAAGUGAGUCUAGAGCACCUCGUCGUAAAUGGACACAAAAAGAUUGGCAAAGGCAUUGUGAAUGGCUUCAGAAACGAGCAUGUCCCAAAAAGAUUCCAAAUGUAAAAAAGCCUCCUCGAAAGAUUGUUCCUUUGAAUGAAUUGGAGACAUCCAUUCAUCAAUUAUCGCAACCUCGUCAUCCAGUAAAAAAGUAUCGACCGACUUAUGGUUAUCAGACUGCUGUUAGAAAUGCUUCAAAACAGUAUAUACCAACAAAGCGACUAAUCAAACUUUCUGAGCCUAAAGCGGUAAGAGGAUUAGAGGAAGAAAAUUUAUUGGGCGACGAACUUAAAGAAACAUUUUAUGCUAAUCCAAAAGCACUAACGUAUAAUGCGACCGAUCGAAUCAAGCAACUCGCAUCUCCAAAGAUACAAUUUAAAGAAAAGGUUUUGAAAGUUCCUCCAGAAACAACAAUUUAUGGGGUCGUCAAAAGAGCAUUGAAGGCAUCAUUAAGUGAAAGAACUUUAAAUUUAUCCAAACCGAAAAUCAAAGACAACGACGAUGAUGAGGAAGAGAAGCCAGCAGUAAGUCCAAAAGCAUUAAAAGCAAAAGCCACACCAAGAAUUCUUCAACUUGCACAACCACGAAUCUUGUAA